UAUAGGUCCGGAAUAGGGCACGAGGUCCCAAAUUGCUUACUUACUGAAACAAUUUUCUGAAUAAUCUCAGGAAACUGACAGGACUAUGAAACUGGGCAACAGACUGUGAUUCAUUGGAAAGUUUACCGAAAUGGCUAGCCUGGGAAUAAUCAUUGUCGCAUUCUUCGGAACGUUAGUGACAGUUACCCAUGGCAACCAGACUGCACUGAUGGACAAGCUGUUUGCAAAUUAUAUCAGUUAUGCGCGGCCAAAUUGUGGAACAGACGCUCCCAUAGAGUUAAAAAUUGGCAUUGCCAUAAGACAGGUCAUUGAACUGGAUGAACCUCAUCAAAUAUUGACAGCCAACGCCUGGAUUCGUUUGAACUGGUACGACUGUCAGAUGACGUGGAACGCCACUGAAUAUGGGGGCAUCUCACAGCUUAUCCUCCCCUAUACGAAAGUAUGGACACCGGAUAUUACUCUAUAUGACAACGCCGAUGACGAACUUGUUGGACUCAAGGACUACCGCCCUACCUUCAACUCAGACGGUUCUGCCAGCUACAACUUCCCCACAAUCAUAACCAGCCUCUGCAAAGUCGACGUCACCUACUUCCCCUUCGACAGACAAUCCUGCGCCCUACGCUUCGGCUCUUGGGCCUUCAACGGAUUUCAGAUCAACUCCACUAACAGAGACAGCGCCGGGGACAUGUCCAGCUUCAAAGUCAACAGCGAGUGGGACUUGGUGAGUGUUCCCGUGGAACGACAUGAGCUGUACUAUGGUUGCUGCCCGGAACCCUAUCCUGACGUGACGUUCUACGUCAAUCUACGACGCAAGCCGUUCUUCUACUUGCUGAACCUGCUGUUUCCGUGUAUUUUGAUCUCUGCUGUAGCUCUGCUGGGCUUUAUACUACCCCCAGACGCCGGGGAGAAGGUGUCGCUGGAGAUCACAGUGUUGCUAUCGCUGUCUGUGUUCAUGCUGGUGGUAUCUGAUACGUUGCCGCCAACGUCUGACAACUUCCCUUAUUUAGGAAUCUACUUCUGCCUGUCUAUGGCGCUGGUGACCCUGUCCACGGUCCUCACAGUAAUCGUGCUGAACGUGCAUUACAAGGGUCAGAAUAGUGUCCGUGUUCCUCGGUGGGUGAGGAGCCUGUUUCUUGGGACUCUUGCGCAGUGCCUGUGUGCGAAGGAUGAACCACAACAUCGUCCCGCGAAGGUCUCCUCCAAGUGUGACCCUGAACUUUAUCGCAAGUUUGCGGGUUUGACUAAGUCUACGUCUAAGCUACAAACGGGCGUUUCCAGUAAGAAAAACCAAAAUGGAUCAGAGCUAAAUGACUCUCUAAAGUCUGAAGAACACGACUGCAUGCGAUCGUCUCCCUUGAACAAAGUGAUGGAAGAACAGCUAGCGGUCCUUAAGCAGAUCAACAAUCGGUACGUCGAGAAGGAAGACGCUGAAUAUAUCGAGGACGAGUGGAAGAAAGUGGCAGUUGUGAUGGACCGACUGUUCCUCCUUAUGUUCUUCAUUUUGACUGUGGUUUCUACUUUGGGGGCUUUGAUGCAGUGUUUCCUCAACGUAUGAGUUUCGGCAAGCAUCAUGGCAUGUCCCGACAAGGACACGCCAUACGCCAUACAUAUACAUUACCACAAAUAAUAUCCCCUUGUGUUAACCCAUACGGCGUGUCAGAGUCGGGGAUUACAAAUAUUAUAUAUGUAAAUAAAGCGACAAAACCCUUCCCAUAUCUAAUAGACAUCUCUGCAUAAAGCAGAGUCGAUUACGAUUCCGACUAUAUCAUAAACAUGUGUUUGAGGCCAGGUGUUUGCGAAAAGGUGAACGUAUCCUGCCCAACCGGUGGCACCCGUCACACACACACACAUGCAAAGGCGAGUCAAUUGUUCACUUUAAAAAACACAGGAACAUAUGGUCAAAAUAGGGAACUGCAUCGGGCAUCAUUGAAGCCAGGGAUGGGGUGAUAUUCAUGGUGUGAGCGAGAGAGUGCAGUCUGUCUGUCCCCAUUGAUACACUACCUUGCUUGUGGGCGGUACAUGAAUCAGCUAAUGUGUCGAGGAAACAUAAACUUAGAACAUGUUUUUAGUUUACACCAGGUCUGUGUCACCAUGACACGAGCCGGUCGAAUAUGAGCUGACAUUUACAAGCCUAAUAAUAUCGUCAAAGCAAUGGCAAAGAGUUUAUGUAUCAAUGGUGAGUGAGUGAGUUGGGUUCAACGCCGCUUUUAACAGUACUCCAGUUAUAUCACGGCGGGUCAGCUUAAUGUGGGAGGAAAGCCCCAAGUGAUGCAGGUCUCAGACGUUUACAACUUCGG